AUGGAGCACAAUAGGAAUCAGACCAAAAAAAGAACAUCUUUUGCAAAAAAGGUGCAGAAGGUUCUGCAAGUAUUUCAGAGAACGCCUAAAAGGGCACAGCCUUGCUGUGCAGCCCCGGCGGCAGCGCACAAGGAUAAAGGCAUGCCUGUGGCGGCGGCCUUCACAGAGCGCGCUUCCAAGAGUGUGGAGUGCAGGGGCGCAGGGCCCGGAGCAGGAGAGAGCCAAGGAGCUUCUGUGGAGCAGGGGGACUCCACAGAGCAUUAUGAGUACGAGCCCAGCGCGCCGGCCAGCCCAAACUUAGAAGUCCCUCGAGAAGUCAAGCGGCUUAUUCGGGGCAUCACUGCCAUUGCAAAGAGCACGUAUGCAAUGAACGACGCGUCGUACCUUCCAGUUAUACUCCUGCAGCAUCUGAGACAGGAAAGCGCCCGCAUUCCCUCAGAACUAGAGCAUGCCAGCCAGGAGUUCCAUGGCACAAACAGAAAGAGCCCAAUGCGCAGAAAGGACAUUCCCGAAGAGAGCAUACGGUCUGCCUUCACAACUGCGCUGACGCCUACGCCUUUCAUGACCAACAAGUUUAUGUACUCCUUUUCUAUGUACAUGGAGUACACCUCAAUGUGGAACUCGGUGAUGUCAAGCAUUUUCAAGAAAAACAAAAACAAAACCCGGAGCGAGGACACCAUUCUGUUCUACUGCUAUGUUUUGAAGUUUAUCCGGGAACUGGUGUCAGAGAAACUCAGCAAGCUGGGCGAAACCUUCUUCGAAUGCAUUGUGGACCCUGAGGACGAGGGCCUUCAAAUUGAGCCUGAGGACGAGGAGGAGUGCUCCGCAGAAAGCACAGCCAGCAAUGACGAGGCGCCCUCCCAGGACACAGAAAGCGCCCCGCUUGAGUCGACCUCCGUGCAGGUUGUGGACGAGCUGCAGGAGAAUCCGCUGUUCAAGCGGCAGAGGGAGAAGUACAACCUCUAA